GUUUGUGUAGAAGGGAAAAAAAAGGAAAAAUGAUUGGCUUCGUCCAGGUUCGAACUGGAGACCUUCAGUGUGUUAGACUGACGUGAUAACCAACUACACCACGAAACCUUUGUGUUAACUCUUCCAAAAUUUUAAUAUUUAUACUAUUCAUUAAAUUUGGUAUUAUAAAAACCACGUGAUCUGUUAACUGAUUCGUCUUGUCCGAAGAAAGUGAAAACGCUUCUCCACAGUAAUGGCGGCCACAAGAGUGAUGAUGACUGCAGCUCAAACCACCUCGUGUUUCCUCGCCAAACGAGCCUUCCUCCUCCCAGCGAAAACAUCACACGGCGCUCUCUGCUUCAACAGAAGAGCUUUAGCGUUGAAAUCGAAACGACCCUUCUCUUGCAGUGCCAUAUACAACCCUCAGGUCAAGGUUAAAGAAGAAGGUCAACCCGAAACACUAGACUAUCGUGUCUUCUUCCUCGAUGGCUCUGGAAAGAAGGUUUCUCCAUGGCAUGAUAUACCGUUGAGUUUAGGAGAUGGAGUUUACAACUUUAUAGUUGAAAUCCCUAAAGAGUCUAAAGCAAAAAUGGAGGUUGCUACUGAUGAAGCUUCCACUCCUAUUAAACAAGACACUAAAAAAGGAAAGCUCAGAUACUAUCCGUACAACAUAAAGACUACAAGAUCCCAGAUGGGAAGCCUGCUAACAGAUUCGGCCUUGGAGACAAACCAGCUAACAAAGACUAUGCAUUGAAGAUAAUCCAUGAAACAAAUGAAUCAUGGGCUAAGCUUGUGAAGAGAUCAGUUGAUGCUGGAGACCUUUCACUUUUCUGAACAGUUU